AUGAUUCUCAAACAAUCAGUCUUGAUCUUGUUUUUCCUCACUGCCAUCUCAGCAUGGGGGGUGACCACUCCAAAACCGGAAAUCAAGUAUCACCGAUGCUCUUCCUGUGCUACUGGCGGCUUUGUCCUCAAGAAAUGGCUGAUGCAACAUUCCGAAUCUGGUCAAUCGAUGGGAUGGAUUGACUGGAGAGGAACUGACUGUGCCGAUGGACUUGUUUUCAUUGUGGCUUGCAUCAACUCUUGUGUCACCAUCACAGUCGAGAAGAAAAUCGCCGAGGAGCUGUACGUGUAUCAAGGGACCAUGGAAGAAUGUUCUGAUGAUCUGAUUCAUUCGAGUCCGGAUCUCCCAAAUCACGGAGAGAAUUUCAAGGCUUUCUACGAAGAUGCAGUUUUUGUUGCAACACGCAUGGGUCACAAAAUAACGUACAACUUCACUCGCAAGAGUUUCAUCGAUCUUCACGAUGAGGGUGUCGAGCAAAGACAUAAAGUGGAUGAUCAAGUGUAUAUCACCAGUUCUGGAGUAAUGAAGGUCACUGAUUUCACUACCAUGGACUAUGUCACUGCAGUCGCCGUCGUUAUCUCAUUCUUUAUUAUCAUUGGCGCGUGCAAAGUCAUCUGCUGCAAGUCUUCUUCUGUCCCGAAAACUGAACCAAUCUUCCUCAACGGAGAAAACGCAGAACUUGUUCCUUUGGAGCCCAACAACAAUGAGCUGCCGGAUGAACUUGACGAUGAUGACGACGUGAAAGAAAACGUUGAGAAGAAGUCAGAGACCAAGAAAGACGUUGAGAACGAUAACGACGAGAAAGAGAACAAGAAGACCGGAGACAGUCCAGUGUAG